AUGUGCAACACUACAGAAUAUGUGGAAAUAGAAGAAGGUAAAGAAGGUAAAGAAGGUUGGUGUGGAUGGUUUAAUGACUCUCUAGUAUGCUGGCCUCCCUCACCUCCAGGUAGUACAGUUUCAUAUCCUUGCGCCAAAAUUAAUGUCCUGGCUGCACCCUGCCUUAAGCAUAGUGUAUUUAGGAACUGUACAUUGUCUGGCGAAUGGGAAGAAAAGGCGGAUUACUCCGCCUGUUUACCGACGGCGGAAGACAAACAGGAUAGAGGGCAGAUGCCACUGAUAGUGGCGUAUUUAUACUUCAGUUUGUCCACAGUAUCUUUAAUCCUUCUCCUUCUCUGCCUCUAUAUUUUCUUCACGUUCAGGUCUCUUCAAUGCCCUCGGCUAACAGUCCACAAGAACUUAAUGGUCAGCAUGAUUCUAUUCUAUAGCUUUAUCAUCAUUUACCUGGAACCAUAUAUAACCAACAGAACAGCAGGCCCGGACUAUAGACAGCUUCCUUGGUUGUGUAAAUCUAUCCUACUUGUACAGGUUUACAGUCAGAUGGCCUCGACUAACUGGAUGUUUAAUGAAGGGUUCUACCUACACUCUAGGAUAACAGUUCAGAUCUUUAAUUCAGAUGCUCCCGUUCUUCUCUUCAACUUUAUAGGAUGGGGACUGCCAGUUUUCUGGGUAGCUUGGUGGGGGUACUUGUUGCAGGAAGAAGAAAAUCUACAGUGUAAAGUAAGAUUAUCUCAUCUUGAUUCCUGUUGGUCUGGUUGGGCAAGAUCAGCUCAUCUCUGGAUUAUCUCGGUUCCAAUGAUCUCCGCCUAUCUGAUAAACUUCCUGUUCUUGUUGAACAUUGUGAGAAUACUCGUAUCUAAACUUCAGGCAAACAGUACACCGGAAGUAAAUCAAGUCAGGAAAGCGAUCAAAGCUACGGUUGUUCUAUUUUUCUUCCUCGGAAUCUCAAGUUUGAUUUUCUUUAUAAAUCCCAGGGAUGGAGGUGUCCUGGAAGAUGCUUAUAUGGUAACCAAUGCUAUACUGAAAGGAUCACAGGGAAUUGUUGUUUGCCUGCUAUAUUGUGUACUGUCUCCUGAUGUGAAGAUGGCAAUCACGAAAAAAUGGUUCCAGUUCAAGGCAAGACGAGAUCAUCGUCGGGAAAAUACAACAAGAAGACGACAUUUAAAGCAGACAUGGCUUAGCCAAGAAUCCGAAUUUGAGCCAGCUCCGCAUCAGAAUGAAUCUGCAGAUAGUUUUGCGAUGAAACACUCUUCAAGACAAGUAAUGAAAAAACAUCAUUUCAGAAGAGAUGAACUGUACAAUGAUCUAUCUGUAAUUAAAGAAGAAGAUGACUUUUCAUCAAGUUUAUAGAUGUAUAAGUUUAACUAGGUUUUUUUUGGGCGCUUCGUGCCACUAUUUUAUUGACAAUUUUUAGCUUAUAAACUAGCUAAAAGUAUUCAUUUUUUUGCAUUCUCAAAUUUUGGAGGAUUUUUCUUUUGAAAACUGGCGUAUUUCCAAUAAAAAAAUUAUUGUUGACAUUUUUUUCGGGCACAAUUGCUCAACUUUUACGGUCAAUAAACUUUCCUUGAGGUCCUGUGAGUUGCCAUACAAAAUUUGGGCCCAAUCUGUUCAGCCGUUUUGAC